AUGUAUUUCUGCUACACGUGUUGUGUGCCUCUCCCAUUUCUGCAAGAGAAACUGCCUCAAGUGACCCUACCGGUACAAGUGGACAUCAUCAAGCACCCACUAGAAGUGGAAGGCAAAAGCACAGCUUGUCAUGCUGUCAUCCUGGCUCCAUCUCAAGUGAGGCUCUUCACUUACCCCACGUUCCCCGAUUACCCUCUGGACGGAAGAACAUUCGUUCUGUUCCCAUCGGCAUCGUCACAGCCACUGAGUGAACUGCUGGAGAAAGCAAGACCAACAGUUUCAUCUGAAUGUGAUAAUGCCCCUAUCCUUCCCUUUGACAGACUUAUCUUCAUAGACAGCACAUGGAACCAAACCAAGCGCAUCAUAAACGACGAACGCAUCGCUCGCCUCCCGAUGCUAAAGAUCACUGAAGUGCAAACUGUGUUUUGGAGGUACCAGCACGGGAAACCCUCCACACAUUUGUCAACCAUUGAAGCCAUCUAUUACACCAUGAAGGAAAUCCACAAUAUUCAUUUCCCACCCUACACUGGGGAGUAUGACAAUCUCCUGUUUUUCUUCAAGUUCUUAUAUCACAAAAUCCAUGGAAUUUAUGGAGAUGCUUUGAAAGCAUAUCAGAAAGAUGAUGUUGAUCUGAGAUUUGUAAGGUGA